AAGGAUAUCUUCUUUGGAAUAAAGAUAAAUAUAUAUAUCGACAACUCGGAUUGUGACAACGGCGGCCACAAUACGGAUGCCUUUGAUGUCGGCGCGAGUACCUAUAUCACCAUCAGCAACGCGGUAGUGAAGAACCAGGACGAUUGCCUGGCGAAUAUCCUCUUCACUGGCGGCUACUGCUCCGGCGGUCACGGCCUCUCAAUCGGUUCAGUCGGCGGACGCGACAACAACACCGUGAAGAACGUGACGAUCUCCGACUCGACCGUCACCAACUCGGCCAACGACGUGCGCAUCAAGACCGUCUACGAGGCGACAGGCUCUGUUUCGGGCGUCACAUACUCCAACAUCGAGCUAUCCAACAUCUCCAAGUACGGCGUGGUCAUCGAGCAGGACUAUGAGAACGGCAGCCCGACCAGGACGCCCACGACCGGAGUGCCGGUCACAGAUCUGACGGUGGAGAAGGUCACUGAUAUGGUGAAGAGUAACGCGACCAACAUCUUGAUCUUGUGCGGCGAUGGUAGCUGCUCGGACUGGACUUGGUCCGGGGUCAGUGUCAGUGGAGGGAAGAGCAGCGAGAAGUGCCAGAAUGUGCCGUCUGGUGCUUUGUGCUAG